AUGAUCUCCGACGACGACCUGUACAGGCUCGCCCUGUUCCUAGGAUCUGCUGCUAUGGUCCUUAUUGUCGGAUACCACUACAUCGAGGUCAAUGCUAAGGACGACGAGAAGGCCACCGCACAACGGGCUGGAAAGCAAAGCGCCGCACUUAACAACCGGAGGUUCAGACCAGUGGUCGACAGGAGGGACGCGCAGAGCCCUUGA